AUUAUAAAUUAUUUGAGUUAUAAAGUUAUAUCUAAUAAUGAAAGUUCUGAAAGAUAGAAGAUACUUGUUUAAUCGAGUUCCCUUUUCUUUCACUUCUUUUUCAAACAAAGAAAUUCUGUUCAUAUAUUGAUUAUGAAGAAACAAGAACUUUCCUUCCUCUUCAAAAAUCUACUUUUACUUACCUUAUACAGAAAAUGCCUGUAGUUACCAGGUCUAAAUCUAAAAGAUGUCUCUCAUCUCUUCCAAAAGAUGUAAAGUUAUAUCUUCCCAAAGCCUCUUCCUCAGAUGAUCCUCUACAAAACCUUGUUGUUUACCCAAAGUGUCGUCAGAACCAGUCAAAACACCAGUCCAGACAACAACCACGAAAAAAAUCUCAAAAAUAUCAAAAUUCUAGCCAAGAAAAGCCUCCCGGAGGAAGCACAAACAUUCAUUUGCCAAACCUCUCUUCUACUACUAUCACUCACUGGCCUUGCCGUGCCUGUGGUUGCCCUCAAGGAGUCUUCGAAUUAUUCGUUCCUAUCUGCGUCAAUUGCGGGCACGACAUGGACAAUCAUGAACUUCAGGAUUUCGUUGGAUUUAAUCCUUUCUGUGAUUUUAUUUGCGAAAGACAAGAGCUGGUUUCUUCAGUCCUACAACAGGCACUAACUAUGGGAAUGGUGGUUAUUCGUGCUACCCCUGUAGUGGGAAAGACAACCCUUCUCAAGCUGCUUGGCCGUCAUAUUCUUUUUCACAGACGAGAACUUGAGCCUAUAUACAUUACUUGGCAGCCCAGGAAUGAACGCAAUAAUCUUCCUUAUCAGCAGGUUCUAGACGAGGGAGCAGUCAGCGCACAAGUAGCAAACGCUAGGCUUCGUCCACAUAACCCGAACGCCAAAAGGAUUUUUCUUAUCGAUGAGGCUCAAGGUUCUUAUGAAGAAGACGCAUUUUGGAAUCAUGAUCUCAAAAACCAUCUCACUAGAUCGCGGCCAAUAUUUGUGCUUGCCUGUCUUUAUAGCCCGGCUAGCAUUUUCGGGAGCGAAGGCCAACGGAUCGAAUCGCGAGCUUCUAAACUAGACACUCUCAAUCGAAUAGAAUUACGCCCAUCUAAAUCUAACUCUUUAGGCAUGCUCUUCAAACCAGAAGAGACAUUGACCAAGGUCAGCAAAUGGAUCCUUCAGAAGAACCUCAAACCUGAAAGUGUUGAUCAUAUAGCUUUAGCUGAGUAUAUUCACUCUGCUACUAACGGUCAUCCGGGCAUGGUUGGGUUAAUCUUAGCUAGUUUUGAAUUGUUGACGUCACAGGUAAUUUCCCCUCGGCUAUUUUCAAUGAGUUAUUUUGGAAAAAUAUUCUAACCAUUCAUUGCUUCAUAAGAACGCUGAGAAUCGUCCCGGAUGGAGAUGGUCACCAGCUUUUGUUCACGAGUAUCUUAUUGAGCAUGAUACACUACUACGAUUUCUUAGUCAAUGGGGCAGAGGGUUCUGGACCGCCGCAGGAGAGAAUCACUUAAAACGAUGUUUAAGAGGCGAUCCUUCUUAUCGUCACCUCAAAUAUUCGGAUAUUGCAGAUGCAAUGCGUAAAGUAGCAAGACUACCCAAAGGCUGUACAGAAAUACGAACGGAUCCCAUAACUGCGUUAGCAUUCUGUCAUAAAAUGGGGUUCCUAUACGCGGAGGAGUUUAGGCCUGGAAGUGGCGUAACGACUUACAUUUUUGCUUCUCCAAUACAUCAAAGGUAUGUAGAUACAACCUGUCCUCUAUCUAUACUAAUUAAAAUCAGAAUUGCAUAUCGACGUCUCAUCCCUGCUCCACCACUAGGAACCAAUAUAGAUCAAAUCACCCUUCGGAAAGCCUGUCUAAACGCCAUUGAAAGAUUCAGCCCAUCUGUUUUACGUCAUCGUGUUCCCUUGUCAAACAGCAGUUUUCAGUCCAAUGAUAAGUGGGGCAUUCCCGAGGCAGCCUUUCAGGAUGAAAUGUAUUGUUGUCUUAAUUAUGAGCUUCAUAAUCUACCGAUUCUAUCUGAAUAUGCUGAAACCAAGGAUGGACGAAUCGAUUUCUAUAUUUUUGAUAAAAGAUGGGGGGUCGAGAUACUUCAAUCUGGUAAUAAUGGAAGAUUAGAAGAACAUGCAAAUCGAUUUCGAUAUGGGGGAAAAUAUCAUAGAUGGGGUAUUUUCGAAGAUUAUAUUAUUCUUAAUUUUUGUUCCAAAUCGUCUAUCGAUACCCUUCAAGUCAAAGGUAGUAUUUUCUUUCAAUUUUAGAGCUUAAUCUUAUCUAACAUAUAUUCUAUUUUUCUAGAUAUUGAUAUACAAAAGCAUAUAUUACAUAUUGUUAUCGACGCGAAUGAUUGUACUGCGGAAGUAUAUACAUAUAACAAACAGCUACAAGAAACCUUAGCUCUGGGCGAGGGAAGAGUACGAUCGUAUUCUGCUGAGCCAGGUUCAGCUUCCGAGGACUUUGAUGUUUAUAUGACUCUGCGAGAUCAGGAGAUAGAAUUGGAGCAAGAGAAGACAGAGAGGGUACGAGAGAAGCAGGAAAUGGUACGAGAGAAGCAGGAAAUGGAACGAAAAAUAAUUCAAUUGCAACUACAACUUAAUCAGAGAUGAUUUAGGUAUCUCAAAGAGGGGAAAAGGGAAGAUGAAAAGGAACAGAUAUUGUUGUUGUUUUUUUGUUAGUUAAAAAAAAUUAUCA